AUGGAUGACAAGAAGGAGAAUCAAGAGAAAGUGCCUGACUCAGGCACACCUUCUGUGCAGAGUGAUGAGUUCCACUGGGAAAAUUACUUGAAAGAGACUGGAUCUUUGGGUGCUCCUUCAGAGUGCUUCAGACAGUCUAAGGUUCCACCAGCUAAUGAAUUCAAAGUUGGCAUGAAAUUGGAAGCCCAUGACCCUCGCAAUAUGACUUCAAUAUGUGUAGCCACGGUCGUCGGAAUUACUGGUGCCAGGCUACGUUUAAGACUGGACGGUAGUGACAACAGAAAUGAUUUUUGGAGGCUUGUUGAUUCUCCAGACAUACAGCCUAUUGGGACAUGUGAAAAGGAAGGGGACUUACUUCAGCCUCCACUGGGAUACCAGAUGAAUGCGUCAUCUUGGCCAAUGUUCCUCUUAAGAACCCUGAAUGGAUCUGAAAUGGCACCUGCAACAUUGUUUAAGAAGGAACCACCAAAGCCACCUCUAAAUAAUUUCAAAGUGGGAAUGAAGCUUGAGGCCAUAGAUAAAAAGAACCCUUAUAUGAUCUGCCCUGCAACGAUUGGAGAUGUCAAAGGAGAUGAAAUUUACAUCACAUUUGAUGGCUGGAGUGGAGCUUUUGAUUAUUGGUGCAAGUACGAUUGUCGAGAUAUUUUCCCAGUUGGGUGGUGUCGCCUGACAGGAGAUGUAUUACAACCACCAGGAACUCAAGUGCCCAUUACAAAGAGUAUAGCAAAAACACAGUCUUCUCUUCCCAAAGCGGCCCCACAUUCAAUGCCGUCUCCACAGAAAACUGCUAUAAUAUUACCAACGCAGCAGAUCAGGAAAUCAAGUCGGAUUAAACCACCUCUCCAUACUUCAGCCCCCAAGAAGGGAAAUUCUGCUAAAAAUACCACACCAAGGAAAAAAGCCCCAAAAAAGGAAAAAUAUUUUCCUGUUUUGUGUUCUACAUCUUCAGCUUCUAUAAAUUCCCUGAUCAGAGAUCGUCGUGCUUAUAAUAGGGAUGCCACUCCUGGAACAUCUAAAAUAGUGAUGUCUACAGUCUGUGUCUAUGUAAACAAACAUGGAAACUCUGGUCCUCACCUGGAUCAGAAGAAAAUCCAGCAACUGCCUGACCACUUUGGUCCAGGCCCAGUGAAUGUGGUGCUCCGGAGGACUGUGCAGGCCUGUGUGGAUUGUGCCUUUCAAAGCAAGACUGUUUUUGGAUUUCUUAAGCCAGAUCAUCGUGGAGGAGAAGUGAUAACUGCCUCCUUUGAUGGGGAGACUCAUUCUGUCCAGCUCCCUCCAGUGAAUAGUGCAUCAUUUGCCCUUCGCUUUCUUGAGACCUUGUGCCACAGCCUGCAGUGUGAUAACCUUUUGAGUAGCCAGCCCUUUAGCUCUUACAGAGGUAAUACUCAGAGUCCUACAGAGCUUGAUAAAAGUGUACCAGUAAAAGAAGACAUAACAGAAAAGAAAAGCCCCAAACGGCCUUCUCAGGAACCUUUACCUUAUGUUGUUCCUGUGUCACCUAAGUUCCCCAAAACAAAGGUGCAUGCUUCUACAGAAGAAUCAUUGUCUUCUGAAGGAAAUGGCAUGCCCAAGGAGGAGAAGCUUCCUGAAGAUUCCAAAAGCCCACCACUAAGUCCAGCAAGUUCUGUAACUCCUGACAGCAGAAAUCCUGUAAGCGCUCAUACUGCAGUCUCCAGGGAUUUUUCUCCAAGUGUGCCAGGCCCCUCAAGUUCAGCACUGGUGGGAACUAAAUCUACCAAGAGCAGUCAACAUGAAGUUAAAUUCCAAACGCAGAAGAAAAGUGAAGCUCCAAGUUAUAUAGCUGUACCUGAUCCCAGUGUCCUGAAACAAGGCUUCUCUAAGGACCCUUCAACCUGGUCUGUGGAUGAAGUGAUACAGUUUAUGAAACAUAAAGAUCCUCAAAUAUCAGGCCCCCUCGCCGACCUCUUCAGGCAACAUGAAAUUGAUGGGAAGGCUCUGCUACUCCUCAAGAGUGAGGUGAUGAUGAAGUACAUGGGGCUGAAGCUGGGCCCGGCAUUAAAGUUGUGUUACUACAUUGAAAAACUUAAAGAAGGAAAAUACAACUAA